GCUCCUGCAGGGCGGCGGAGCCCCGGGGGGGAGACGCGAUGCGCCGCAUCAUCCGCCUGCUCCUCGGCUGUUGCCUGACCGAGCUGUGUGCCCGCGUCGGCAGAGCCCAGGAGCGCGGGGGGCAUCCUCCUCCUCCUCCUCCUCCUCCUCCUCCUCCUGCUGCUGGUCCUUCUGCUCCUUCUGCUCCUCCUCCUCCUCCUCCUCUGCCCGCUCCCCCGCACCCCCCGGCCCAGGCGGGGAUGCUGUCCGGGGGGAACCGGUCCGGGCCGGGGGAGCCCUCGGACGCCCCUCCCACGCCGGCCCCCGCCCCGGAUUCCUGCCGGGGCUACUUCGAUGUCAUGGGCCAGUGGGACCCACCCUUCAACUGCAGCUCCGGGGACUUCGUCUUCUGCUGCGGCACGUGCGGCUUCAGGUUCUGCUGCAAGUUCAAAAAGACGCGCCUGGACCAGAGCACCUGCACCAACUACGACACCCCUCUCUGGCUCAACACCGGCAAGCCCCCGGCCCGCAAGGACGACCCCCUGCACGACCCCACCAAGGACAAGACCAACCUCAUCGUCUACAUCAUCUGCGGCGUGGUGGCCGUCAUGGUCCUGGUGGGCAUCUUCACCAAGCUGGGGCUGGAGAAGGCCCACCGGCCCCAGAGGGAACACAUGUCCAGGGCUCUCGCUGACGUCAUGAGACCACAAGGCCACUGCACAACGGAUCACAUGGAAAGAGACCUAAACAUUGUAGUUCAUGUACAACAUUAUGAAAACAUGGAUACAAGAGCGCCAGUCAAUAACUUACACGCGUCGCAGAUGAAUAAUGUGGUGCCGACCUCGCCUCUCCUCCCCCAGAUGUCCCAUCCACAUUCCUACCCCAACCUGGGCCAAAUCUCAAAUCCCUACGAACAGCAGCCCCCGGGCAAGGAGCUCAACAAGUACGCCUCCCUCAAGGCAGUCGGAAGUUGUGAUGGUGACUGGCCAGUGGCGACACUUAAGUCACCCAAAGCCGACAAGGUGAACGACGACUUCUACUCCAAACGUCGGCACCUGGCCGAGCUGGCCACCAAGGGCAGCCUGCCGCUGCACCCGGUGCACGUGGAGGAGGAGCCUCGGCCCUACAGCCCCGAGCACGGCCCUGGCAAGCAGAACGGGCACAAGUCCCGCACCUCCAAAAUGCACAUGCACCCCCUGGCCUACACCUCCAACUCCAACUUCAAGGGCUGGGACGCCAACGAGCCCUCCCUGCGGCGGCAGGCCUUCGCCAACAAGGGCAAGCACGGGGCCGCUGAGCCGGCCUCCAGCGAACCGCUGGCCACCCGGAGCCAGCACUACCUGCCCCCACAGCCAUACUUCAUCACUAACAGCAAAACAGAGGUGACUGUCUGAGCUUUAAUUCUGGAACGUCCUGAUGACCACACACAACUAAGAGAGGCAAAAAACAACCACACACAAACACACAUACACACACAGCUAAAACCAUUAACCAACCGAUCGGUGAUGUGGAGAGGAUCUUGGCCUCGGGGACUCCCUAGUACACAGGCAAUGGGCAGCCUGGGACAGGAGAAAAGACAAUCAGCAAUACACCGAAUGGAGAAUUAGCAACUCUGUCACACUUUCCACUGGAGACCGCAGAAUAAUGAGCCCAAACCAUGUGACUAUCUUUUUUUUUACUUGAAAUUAAAAUCCAUGAUGAGUAGCACAAUUCCAGAGAAACUUUCCAUUUGCAGAAACUUUAAACUAUGAGAAAUUUAUUCCUGAUGCGGGAGUGAGAGAGAGGGAGGGAGAGAAAGAGAGAGAGAGAGAGAGAGAAAGAGAGAGAGAGAGAAAGAGAGAGAGAGAGAGAGAGAGAGAGAGAGAGAGAGAGAGAGAGAGAGAGAGAAUGAGCACAUAGGAGAAUAAGGUCUCCUGGAACCCUACCAUAACCCAUUGCUUUGGUCAGGAACUUUUGAUUCCAUUCUAAGAGAACAACUGGUUCUCAGACGCCUGCCUGGGAAAGCCAAGGAAGGCACUCUCACCACUCAGCCUGCCAUUUGCCGAACUCUCAUAUCAUCCCUGUUGGAAGCAAAAAAACAACACACAUGAAGAAAAAAAAAACACCUUGCGCCCACCACCUUCUAACAAAAUGAGGCAAAGACUAUUCCAAGUAAAGAUGACUGAGACUGUCACAGUUGCAGAGUGCAGGGUGAACUUUCUGGCCAGGAGAGGGUUUAGAGGCGUGCAAAAGAACCUCUUUUUAUAUAAAAAAAAAGAAAAGCAUAAAAGGACAAAUAAUAACCAGCUGCAGAACAAAAAUAUUUUUCCCAGUCUCCAGACGGAGAGAUGUUUGUUUGAAACACAGCAGCAGAGCAAGGCGAGGGGAAAACCCAUCCUUAGCCCUCCCCGAAGCAGCCGUUUGCCUCGCAGAGCAGGAAGGUAACAAAUCUUACUUAACUGUCUGUUCCCAACUCUCCUUCACCCUGAGUGUGUCGCCUGACUUCAACUGCUUUGGACUGAAAAUGACUAAGCCUGGGUGGUGCCUUCAAUGUAUUACUAUUGUUCGAUGACAGUCUUGUUUUCUGAGUGAAAAUCUGUGUUACUUUAGGCUUAUUUCCUCAUGAUUUACUAAAGUAUUAGGAGUUGUUUCCAUACCUCCUUUAGUUGCCGAGCACUCUUGUUUCUCCUUUUGUUGUGGUAGCACAGCCGGGGGUUCACAGUCAGGAAAACUCCCCCCACCCACAAACACCUCUCCUCCCCCUGCCCCCUACACACAUUCCCACCCUAAAGUUUCCCUUUCCACACACACCUCUCCUCCCCCUGCCCUCCACACACAUUCCCACCCUAGAGUUUCCCUUUCCAUAAACAUUGCUUUUUUCAGCCAAAAUGACCUAAAGUUGAGUUGCCUUUGGGAACAGUCUUCUAGAUUGGAUGCUUCUUUGUUAUUGGGUUCCAGGGCAUGUGAGACUUUGGCCCAUUGGGGUUUGAUUGUUGUCCCAGCCUGACCCUGAGAGAAGCAGGGGGGGAGGGAAGAUGGGAGUUCCCGCCCAAACUGUGGCUGACUCUGUUAGUCCUCUGUUGUCCAUGUCUUGCUCCUAAUGCAGGAGGAGAGAGCUAAGAUGGUAGACCUGUCUGCAGCCAGGUGGGGUUCACUGUAUAGCAGCCAGAAACAUCCAGACCUGAGCAGGGUGGCUUCUGGGGGGGGUCCCAGCAUUUAGGCAUCAUGAGGGAGCAAGUUCCUGGCCCCAGGGCUAGUCCUCACCCUCUCCCAUGCCCCAAAGUCCUAAUCUGCACAUCAUUCCCUUCCUUUCCACCCAAGGAGUCAUCAGCACUUAUGUCAUAUAGCUCCCAUCCCAUCAGACCCUGCCUGGAAUCUCUCCCUGAUGAGUUUCCCUCCAACACCAGUCCUACUAGUCUUUGGCGGCGGAUGUGUGCAGUGUAGUGAACGGUACUCAGUAAUGGGGUGGAAGGAGGUGGAAUUGCAGGCCAGAAAGAAACGCUUAUUUCAAAAUGGUGAGUCACCUGGAGGGUUGCCAAAACAUCCUCAGUGAAAGAAACAGGUAGAAAUGGCCAGAAUCAAUGGACCCAGUGCAUGUAUGAAAGAGGUCAGG